AUGGACAACGCCACGGCGUCGGGAUUAAAGCUCACCUUUGCCAGGAACAGCAGCUAUGUGAUCCCAGGCGUUUAUGAUCUCAGUGUGGAAGACACGAAUUGGGUGCUCACGUCCUCUUUCAUCAUCUUCACGAUGCAAACAGGUUUUGGGAUGCUGGAAUCAGGCUGCGUGAGCGUGAAGAAUGAGGUCAAUAUCAUGAUGAAGAACGUUAUCGACAUCGUCUUGGGUGGAUUCACGUACUGGCUGUUCGGUUAUGGUAUGUCCUUUGGGCGUGGUCCACUGACCAAUCCCUUCAUCGCCAUUGGAGACUUCCUGAUCGAUCCCAGUGUUGGAGAUCCUCUCAUGGGACCCAUCUUCGCCGCCUUCCUCUUCCAGCUGUCGUUCUCUACCACCGCCACGACAAUUGUGAGUGGAGCCAUGGCGGAAAGGUGCAAUUUCAAGGCUUACUGCAUCUUCUCCUUCCUCAACACGGCGGUUUACUGCAUCCCUGCUGGCUGGGUGUGGGGUGAGCAUGGAUUCCUGCACAAUCUGGGAUGCGUGGACAUUGCCGGCAGUGGUCCAGUUCAUCUCAUCGGGGGAUCAGCUGCCUUCGCUUCCGCCUUGAUGCUGGGUCCUCGGUUAGGGCGCUACGAGGAGGGAAUUAAUCCUCUGCCUCUGGGAAAUCCCGUCAACGCUUGCAUGGGCCUCUUCGUGCUCUGGUGGGGCUGGUUGGCCUUCAAUUCCGGCAGCACGUACGGCGUCAGUGGAACCAAAUGGCAGUACGCAGCCCGAGCGGCAGUGAUAACAAUGAUGGGCUCUUUUGGGGGAGGAACUUUCAGCGUCCUGUACUCGAUGUUCAGACAUGACGGCCGGGUGGAUGUAGUGGAUCUCAUCAAUGGCAUCCUGGGCUCCCUGGUCUCAAUCACAGCGGGCUGUUUUCUCUACCACGCCUGGGAAGCGAUAGUAAUCGGAGUGAUAGGAUCACUCCUCGCCUGCAUAACCAUGCCUCUGUUCGACAAGAUGUCAGUGGAUGAUCCCGUGGGCGCUUCCUCUGUCCAUGGCGUGUGUGGAAUUUGGGGUGUCAUUGCUGUGGGCUUUUUUGCAGACAAUCCCGAGCCACUGGGCACAACAAACGGUCGGCGAGGACUGUUCAAAGGCGGUGGAUGGUAUCUGCUAGGUGUACAGUGUCUCUCAGCGCUCUGCCUGUGCAUCUGGGGAGUUUUGUCCACCACCUUGCUUCUCUGGUUCAUCAACAAAAUUGUCCCCAUCCGAAUGGAUCCCAAUGAAGAGCUCCUGGGCGCUGAUUUGAUGGAGCAUCACGUGCGCCAUGGACAGAUAGGAAUCUCUCGUGCGCUUUCCGCUCUGGCGCCAUUGAAAGCAGAUCUUGGGGAGGUGAAGGAAGUGAACAGAAUCGGCUUGAAUCCCGGUCAUGAAAACUACAUUGAUGCCAUAAAGAUGGCAGAGUUGAAGCUCCAAUCGUGGCGCGAUUAUGGCGAGGAGAAGGUUCGCGAGGCAAGCGCUAAGAAAUCCAGUCGCAGAUUCUCCCAAUUGGCCAGAGCAGUUCCCAUUUUCAGACGCAGAACCCAAAGUGAAGUCACCACGGUCGCUCCUCGGGGUGUAUUCACAACAACAGCAUCUGAUGGCGGGAAAGACAACCCCAAUUUCGCGUGGGUGGACUGAGAC